GUUACCAGUGGUAGUGUCGCUAGCUAAAAUGUUUUCUAAUUAUUCAAAUGCGCGUUGUUACUAAAUUAAAUCUAGUUAUUCCAAAUCUUAGAAUAGUACAGACUUUCCUGUCAGACAAAGUUUAUUUAUGCGACGUGUUUCUUCAGUGAUAUUACUAAAUUAGGUUAUGUGCGGUGGUGUCAAUUUCUAAAGGUUACGAAAACUACGAAAAUGACUUUUCCUGAAGGUCCCGCUUAUGCUAAUUACGAAUCUGUGCAGCCCAGAGCAAUACCGGCCAACGGAGUUCGACAGGCCUAUGAAAAUGGUGGCGUCAAAGCGGGCGCGAGUCGCGCUUUCCGCCUGGCCUAUGGAGUACUAUCCCGCCGAAAAGCUGCAGAGGAGGGGGCAGCUCGUCUCGCCCGUGUGCUCUCCGCCUUGGACUUGACAGCUCUUGGCGUCGGCAGCACGCUGGGUGUCGGAGUGUAUGUGUUAGCUGGGGAUGUGGCUAAGAACUACGCGGGACCGGCGGUUAUACUGUCGUUUCUGUUGGCUGCGGUGGCUAGUGUUUUUGCAGGUCUCUGUUACGCCGAAUUCGGCGCUCGCGUGCCGAAGGCGGGCUCGGCGUAUGUGUACAGUUAUGUGUGUGUUGGCGAAUUCAUCGCUUUCAUUAUUGGCUGGAAUCUUAUACUGGAGUAUAUCAUAGGUGCUGCGUCAGUAGUAAAAGCCCUCAGCGAAUACUUGGACUCACUGCUGGAUAAAGCCAUCUCCACCAACCUGCAAGCCAUGAUGCCCCUGGACUCUCCACAUUUAGCCCGGUAUCCGGAUCUCUUUGCGUUCUCAGUCAUCAUGCUGUUCUCAGUGGGUCUGGCAUUUGGCGUGAAGGAGUCCACAAAGUUCAACAAUUUCUGCACGGGUGUUAACCUGUGCGUCGUGUUGUUCGUCAUUGUCUCUGGCGCUUUCAGAGCGGACAGCAAGAAUUGGCGCAUCCCCGAAUCCGAGGUGCCGAAAGGCGGCAAAAACUUUGGCACCGGAGGCUUUGCGCCGUAUGGCAUCGCUGGCAUCAUCAAAGGCGCUGCGGUCUGUUUCUACGGCUUUAUCGGUUUUGACUGCGUGGCGACAGCUGGCGAGGAAGCGAGAAGACCACAGAAGACCAUCCCGUUCGCUGUGGUGGCGUCUCUUCUAGUAGUGUUCCUCGCUUAUUGUGGCGUAUCUUCCGUUCUCACACUUAUGAUGCCCUAUUACAUGCAGGACGAAAAAGCGCCUUUCCCGUUCGUUUACGACCAGCUGGGAUGGCCGUGGGCCAAAUACGCCGUCAGUGUAGGAGCCAUCUGCGCGCUUUGCUCCAGUUUACUGGGUGCAGUGUUUCCGCUACCCCGCAUCAUCUACGCGAUGUCCUCUGACGGUUUGCUGUACCGCUUCAUGGGCCGCGUCAGCGAGAGGUUCCAGACCCCACUAGUGGGCACCAUGGUCGCUGGACUAUUCACAGGUACCUUGGCUAUGAUCUUCGAGUUGGAACAACUGAUCCACAUGAUGUCCAUUGGUACUCUACUUGCGUACUCCAUGGUGGCUUCCUGUGUGCUGCUGCUCAGGUAUGAGCGUAGCGUGUCGGCUCAUAAGGCCGUGGAGCCACUAAACCUGUCAAUCCGCUCCGCUCUGCGACAACUGAUCAACGCGGAUAGUCACGCCACACCCACUCGGCUUAGCGCUCUCACCGUUAGCGUCUUGGUUACUCUGUACGGUAUCUGGUGCUUCAUAAUGAUGUCAGCCGUGAACCACUACGGCACCCGCGUCUGGUCCGAGCCUAGCGCGCUAGCUAUAUUCAGCGUCGGCACAAUACUGGUGCUUUCCACGCUCUUCGCCAUCUCACGACAGCCCGUGUCUGAAAAGAAACUCGCUUUCUCUGUCCCGCUGGUCCCAUGGCUGCCCGGCAUUAGCAUCCUCAUCAAUGUGUACCUGAUGCUGAAUCUGGACUACAUGACGUGGCUACGGUUCGCUGUGUGGAUCGCUGCUGGACUUCUAAUCUAUAUAACCUACGGCGCUUGGCACAGCUCUGAACGUAAACGCAACACGGACGUACAGAUGUCGGUGCUACAUAACGACAGCCACACUGCCUUGUUGGCCCACAACGCGCUUGGCUGACCCGACGUCGCUAGCCCCACCGGUACUGUUAUAUCGUUUAUAUCUAGUAUAUAAUCUGCAUAACAUACAAUAAGCUAGUUUCCUAUACUUAAAAUAUUUUUGCAGUGCACGAAAUAAAGCACCACAUAAUUAAAAGAAAAAUACGAACAGUAGUUAUGUUUAAACAUAAUUUCUACUUAAUAAGUCAAAGA